AUGCCCGGCAUCGACAAGCUCCCCAUCGAGGAGACGCUGGAAGACAGCCCCCAGACCCGGUCUUUGCUGGGAGUAUUUGAAGAAGAUGCUGCUGCAAUUUCCAAUUACAUCAAUCAGUUAUUUCAAGCCAUGCACAGAAUAUAUGAUGCACAGAAUGAAUUAAGUGCAGCAACUCAUCUGACUUCAAAGCUUCUGAAGGAAUAUGAGAAACAGCGUUUUCCACUAGGGGGAGAUGAUGAAGUCAUGACUUCCACUCUACAGCAAUUUGCAAAAGUGAUAGAUGAGCUCAGCUCUUGCCAUGCAGUACUUUCAACUCAGCUUGCGGAUGCAAUGAUGUUUCCUAUUACCCAGUUUAAAGAAAGGGAUCUAAAAGAGAUAUUAACUUUAAAAGAAGUUUUCCAAAUUGCAAGCAAUGACCAUGAUGCUGCCAUUACCAGAUACAGUCGGUUGUCAAAAAGAAGGGAAAAUGAAAAGAUCAAGGCUGAAGUUACAGAAGACGUAUAUACUUCAAGGAAAAAACAGCAUCAGACUAUGAUGCAUUAUUUCUGUGCAUUAAAUACUCUUCAGUACAAAAAGAAAAUUGCUAUGCUGGAACCCUUGCUAGGAUACAUGCAAGCUCAGAUAAGUUUUUUUAAAAUGGGUUCAGAAAAUCUUACUGAGCAAUUGGAAGAAUUUUUGACCAAUAUUGGCACAAGUGUACAGAAUGUUCGCAGGGAAAUGGAGUGCGAAGUAGAAAACAUGCAACAAACUAUAGAGGACUUGGAAGUAGCUAGUGAUCCACUGUAUUUGCCUGAUCCUGAUACUACGAAAUUUCCUGUUCAUAGAAACCUAACGCGGAAAGCUGGCUAUCUUAAUGCAAGAAAUAAGACAGGGCUGGUAUCUUCCAGUUGGGAGAGACAGUUUUACUUCACUCAAGGUGGAAAUCUGAUGAGCCAGGCAAGAGGUGAUGUAGCUGGGGGACUUGUCAUGGAUAUAGACAAUUGUUCUGUAAUGGCUGUGGACUGUGAAGACAGACGGUACUGUUUUCAGAUAACAUCUUUUGAUGGCAAAAAGUCUUCAAUCUUACAGGCAGAGAGUAAAAAAGAUUAUGAAGAGUGGAUAUGCACCAUAAACAACAUAUCUAAACAGAUAUAUCUAAGUGAAAACCCUGAGGAAAUCGCUGCACGUGUAAAUCAGUCAGCUCUGGAGGCUGUUACUCCGUCUCCUUCCUUUCAGCAGAGGCAUGAGAGCAUGCGGCCAACUGUACAAUCUCGUCCUCCCGCAGCUCGUACUAGCAGCACAGGGUCACUGGGAUCUGAAUCAGCAGCUUUAUCGGCGCUUUCCUUGGAUUCACUUGUUGCCCCUGACACUCCUAUACAAUUUGACAUAAUAUCUCCAGUUAGUGAAGAUCUGCCUGGUCAAGCAAAAUCUUCAGGGCAAUCGGGCAGACGCACAAAUCCUUUUGGUGAAUCUGGAGGCUCAAAAUCUGAAACAGAAGAUUCAAUUCUUCAUCAGUUAUUUAUUGUAAGAUUUCUUGGCUCUAUGGAGGUGAAGUCUGAUGAAAGUCCAGAUGUUGUUUAUGAAACAAUGCGUCAAAUACUAGCAGCUCGCGCCAUCCAUAAUGUUUUCAGGAUGACAGAAUCACAUUUAUUAGUCACUUGUGACUGUUUAAAGUUAAUUGAUCCACAGACACAAGUUACAAGACUACGAUUUCCUUUGCCCAGUGUAGUCUUGUAUGCUACGCACCAGGAGAAUAAGCGCCUCUUUGGAUUUGUGCUUAGAACUUCAGGAGGGAGAGUUGAGAGCCGUCAAACUUCCAUCUGCUAUAUAUUUGAAUCAAAUAAUGAAGGGGAAAAGAUUUGUGACUCUGUUGGACUGGCAAAACAGAUAGCUUUUCAUGCAGAACUGGAUAGAAAAGCAUCAGAAAAGCAGAAAGAAAUAGAUAGAGUCAAAGAGAAACAACAAAAAGAACUGAAUAAACAAAAACAAAUUGAAAAGGACUUAGAGGAGCAAAGCCGGUUGAUAGCUGCUUCCAGCAGGUCGAACCAGAGCACUGGAGAAGGACAAUUUGUAGUCCUUAGCAGUAGCCAGUCGGAAGAUGGUGAUUUAGGAGAAGAUGGAAGGAAGAAGAGAGAAUCUGAAGCCUAAGGUUGCCUACUUUAUUAAAAUUGGAAUCAUGGAUGUAUCUGGUGAAAUGGCACAAGUUCUACAAGAAGUGAAAUGUAGGUGGAGGGUCUGUUGUAUUAUAGAAAAGACUUCACAAUAUGUAGACCCUAUUAUGCCUUGAUUUUUCUUUCUCAAUUAACUGAUUUCUGUUUUCAUGUCAGUAUAAUUUCUGUUCUGUAUGCCAGAUGAAGCAUGGUGAUGCUACCAUGUUUAUUACAAAAUUAUGUUUUCUCAAGGCUUCUCUGCAGUAUGGAAAAAACUGUGGGUUUUUUUUUUCCCCACUUACCUCUCUGUGCAAUUGACUGCUCUUAAAGCAAAACUUAAAACUCUCAUUGGACUUCAGCAGUCCACUGAAAUUUGUUCUUUACACUGCUGUAUGGCGAACACCUUGCUGGAAACAAAAGUGGAUGUCCAAAUAAGACAGUGCUAAGCUUGACCUAAUUUGUUGCACAUAACUGUUCUUAGAUUUAGAAAGAAAAAUCCUUAACAACAUCAGUGAGAUGUGCAAUAGUUCUACACAGAAAGAUCUUAUUUUUUGUUUCAUAUUGCACUGUAUGAUACUGUCUUGAUUUUUUUGGUGAAUAUAAUGCUGAAGGACUUUGACAGUAUUUUUUUCUCCUGUUGAGAUCUAGAUAAGAGCUGAUGAGACGGAGUUGCACUUUGCUGCAUGAGGAAUGU